UAGUCGGAAGAAAAGAAAGAAGAUGUCCUUGUUUGCCAAGUCACUGGUCAAGAAAAAACCUAUAUUCAAUCCAGAAGAUAAAUCAUUUGAGGAUUACAUUGAGGAGUACUAUCGGCUUGACUACGAGGACAUGAUCGGUGACUUGCCUUGCCGAUUCAAGUACCGCACUGUCCCUCCUAAUAACUUUGGCCUGACGACCGAUGAGAUUCUUCGCUCCCGAGAGAAAGAGUUGAAUCAGUGGGUUUCAUUGAAGAAAACUUGUCAAUAUAGGUCUGAAGAAGAAGAGAAGAGAGACAUUUUAUUGUUCCAGAAAAUGGCUCAGAAUGAAGGAAAAAAGAAGAGGAUAUUUCUCAGUAUGCAUGAAGAAAGGGACAGCGAGGAUACAGAAGAUGCAGAUAAUGCUCAAUCAAGAACACUGUCUGAAUCUAAGCAUAUAGGUCUCAAACAGGGUGGGAGAAAACAGAGUGAUUGCAGUUCUUACUCCAUGAAACCAUCUGCAGAUAGCAGGAAGACAAAGGAAAUGACCCACAUCCAAAAUGAUAUAAGUCCAUCAGAUGCUGUAGGAGUUCAGACAACAGUAUCCUUGAAUGGAAGGAACAUUCUGAAGCCAAACCGCAUGAUGGCAGCAGACAAAGAAAGUCUAGAAAAUGAAGAAUCCAUGGGUGAUACAUCAUCUAGCAAAUUGGCCCUCUCGUCUCGAGAAAAGAAGAAACAGAGAAAGAGAGAGAUCCUGGCCAGACUGAAAGCACUAAAGACUAGAAAGAAAGUGAAACAACUGGAUAGGAUGAGGGGCAGGGUGAAGGUUGGUGCAGGAACAGUGUCUGAAGCCAGACUUAAGGCCUAUGGAAUAAAUCCAAAGAAGCAUAUGUAUCGGAUGAAGAAUGAGAUUGCAAAUAAAUGACAUGGUGUGCUACAGAAUGAUCUAAGCCUUCUCUCUUAUACAGUGCGUAUAAAAAAAACGGGACAGUUUUGAAAAGUCUAUAAAAAUUUGUUUCAAAUUAUUAUAUCUAU